AUGCUACCGAGAAAAUUAAAAAUCGAUUCAACUGAGCUCGCUGAAAUCACAAAUGAACUAGUGCAGUUCUUAAACUGCUUGGUUCUAAGAUCGGGUGGACUCAAAAAAGAACAUAUUUGGGUUAGAAAUGGAAGAAUUUUGGAUGAAAGGACUGUAUUUUUCGAAGAAAAAACGAUGGCAGACGUUCAGAUUGAUUGCGAGGGCCUUAUUCUUUCACCAGGAUUUAUCGAUCUUCAAUUGAACGGUGGAUUCGGAAUCGACUUUUCAACUUAUAACUCUGAUGACAAAGAAUAUCAAGAAGGACUGGCAUUGGUUGCGAAACAACUUCUUGCUCAUGGCGUAACUAGUUUCUCGCCAACCGUUAUCACAAGUUCUCCAGAAACUUAUCAUAAGAUUCUUCCACUUCUUAAACCUUCCAAUGCAUCAUCAGAAGGAGCAGGAAACCUUGGCGCUCACCUCGAAGGACCAUUCAUCUCAGCUGAUAAAAGAGGAUGUCAUCCAGAACAGCUCGUUAUCACUUCACUUUCCCCAAACCCUGUCGAAAUUAUCGAACACGUGUAUGGAAGCACUGAAAAUAUCGCCAUAGUAACAAUGGCGCCAGAAUUGGAAGGAGCUCAAGAAGCUAUUGAAUAUUUCGUUUCCACUGGUACCACCGUAUCCGUUGGACAUUCAUCUGCCAAGCUUGGACCCGGAGAAAUGGCUGUACUAUCUGGUGCGAAAAUGAUUACGCAUUUGUUCAAUGCUAUGCAAUCGUACCAUCAUCGCGACCCUGGUCUCAUCGGACUUCUGACUUCAUCAAAAUUGACUCCUGAUCAUCCAUUAUAUUAUGGAAUCAUUUCCGAUGGAAUACACACUCAUGACUCAGCACUUCGAAUUGCUUACCAUACUAACUCUGCUGGUCUUGUUCUUGUAACCGACGCUAUUGCUGCACUUGGGAUGUCUGAUGGAGUUCACAAACUCGGAACUCAGACCAUUCAUGUGAAAGGUCUUGAAGCGAAACUUGAUGGGACAAAUACGACGGCUGGAAGUGUUGCGAGUAUGCCAUACUGUAUUCGGCAUCUCAUGAAAGCUACAGGGUGUCCCAUCGAAUUUGCUCUUCAAAGUGCCACGCAUAAACCUGCGACCCUGCUCGGUGUUAGUGAUGAGAAAGGAACAUUGGAUGUGGGAAGACUCGCCGAUUUUGUAUUGAUCGAUAAAAACGUCACUGUUAAAGCGACUUUCUGUUCUGGAAAACGAGUAUUUUUGGCCCAAGACUAAUAUGAUUUUCAAGAAUAAAAUUUUUUUCCAAAACAAUUUUGCAUUUUUUUUUUGCUUUUAUGCUCUCAAAUUGUGAAUAAAUAUUUCUUG